AGUGUGUUUGUUUUGUUUUUAUUGACAGUACAAUGUCAGUUUCUGCUAACACACAUAAAAAUUUUAGUGUCAUUUUAUUUUAUACAUGUUGUGAGAGGUUACAAGUCAGUUGGUAUAUUAUGAAGUUUUUUUUACUUUCUGGUGCUGUAGUGUGGUGUUACUGAUGUGGUGCCAUCAUUUUAAAAUAUGCUAAGUGCUUGGUAGCUUCCCAGAUUAUGGCAUGGAAAGCUAUCGUACAGAGGCAUCUCCUGCAGACAAAUGUAUUUUCUAUUGCAAAAGACUCUUGUAGUCGGCAAAAGAGUUUGUUAUGGUGCCAUUUACACAAUUUUAAACAGUGUCACCAUGUGCCUUUUGAAAGAUCAUCAGAUGUUACAAAAUUAGCUUAUUCAGUAAGUGAGCUUCAUCCAAAUUAUUUUGUAAAGAACAGUUUUACUUUCUUAACGUCUCAUAACCAUGCAACAACCAGGCAUUCCGUUUUAUUUAGACAAACUGUGCUGAGAAAUCACUGCAGAAAUUAUUCAGUAUAUACCGUUUUGUAUAUAGCUGAUCCUGUACUUCGGACAAUAUCAGUAAUGGUUGGCCUCAAACUUCGUCACUGGUGGAAAAAUCUAACACCUAAUGAAAAGGAUAUUUUUUUUGAAGCUGUGAAGAGAAACAUCGUUGCUGUUUUAAUUAGUUUUGUUUUGUUGCAUUCUGGAUUUCUGAUGCUUUAUGCUUACUACCUUGAAUUUGAUCCAGUAACAAAUAGGAGAAAGCUUGUAGUAUUUUCAGAUGACCAAAUAAGUGAGAUAGCAGCUUCAGAGCAAAGGAGAAUUAUUAAGAGACACGAAGUAAAUAUCUUACCCACAACCCAUCAACUCCAUCAAAUCAUUGGAAAGAUAGUCACAAAAAUUGUGGAUUCAAAUGAUGAAAUUCCUAAUAUUAGAAAUAAAAUGUGGUCUAUUUAUGUUGUUGAUAGCCCAGAGAUAAGAAAUGCCUUUGUCUUACCAAAUGGUGCAAUAUUCUUCUUCACAGGCUUGCUUACUGUAGCAAGCAAUGAUGAUCAAACUAGUAUUAUAUUGUCACAUGAAAUGGCUCAUACUGUAUUGUCACACAUGGCAGAACAAAUUAGUAAUGUUCAUUUUCAUAAUUUAUUAUUUAAUCUUGCUAUUAUUGUAAUCUGGGCAACCAUGCCAAUCCUCUAUGCAUUUCCAUGUCAAUGGUUAGCAGAAUAUCUUGCAAAAAUGUUUGUGGAACUCCCAUUCAGUCGCAAUCUUGAGUUAGAAGCUGAUAAAGUUGGCCUCAUCUUAGCUGCAAAAGCUUGUUUUGAUGUCAGAGAGGCAAGUUUGCUGUGGUCCAAGUUAAAAUUGUUGGCUUCCCUUGAAGGAGGUUUAAGUAGUGAGCCUGCUGAAAUAUUCUCUACUCAUCCUAGUUAUGAGACAAGGAAGAGGCAUCUUGAUAGUCAGAUACCAGCAGCUCUUAAAUUAAGAGAAAAAUGUGAUUGUCCUCGUUUGCCAGGAAAUGAUCCAAGGGAAUUCAUUAACAUAAUGCUCCAUGAUCUUGAGGAACUUCAGAGAAACCAUAAAUCAAUUUAUAUUAUAUCAAAGAUACUAGGUAAUCAAUCAAAAUAAGAGAAUUCUUAGUGCUGCAUAAGUGGCAAAUGGGUGAUGGCUGUGGGCUUACACAGUUUCAAAGAACAGAGAUUCAUGAUAAUGUUUCUCAGUUCAAACAUUCAGGUAAUAUUCUUAGUCACAUAUUUUAUGGAUGAUUAUAAAGCUUAAUAAAAUGACCAAUAAACAUCUGCAAAAAAGUAUUUAA